AAAUCCUUCCUUCCCCGGGGUAGAAGUCCAGGGUGAGAAAUUGGUUCCGAACUCAAAGGAACCCAGCGCCGGGCCACAGCCGGGUCACGUGGCCGGCGGCCCCCAUGACGUGCCGGCUGCGGGGCGUCACAGCGACGUUCGGGCGACCUGCCGAGUGGCCAGGCUACCUCCGUCACCUGCGUGGUCGCAGUGCUGCCAUGGACCUGGGACCCAUGCGCAAGAGUUACCGCGGGGACCGAGAGGUGCCACCGCCAGGGCCAGGCCUCCUGCAGGGGCGGGGGAAAAGGGGUCCCCGGAGUCAUCUACAGCGGGGCGGGGAGUAGGAGGAGCCCCUCCGGGCUUCUGGGGCCACCCGGUGGGGCAAGGAGGUUUGGGGAUCACCCCCAGUGGGAAAAGGGGGCUUCAAAGACAUCCCACCGGGGGAGGAGUUCCGGGAAAACGCAAAUGAAAUGGGUUCAAAAGGCAGCCUUUCGUAAUGGGCAUUUGAGGAGACUCAUCUGACCUCCCUUGACCCACUGAAACAGUUUGCUGCCUGGUUUGAGGAGGCUGUUCAGUGUCCUGACAUAGGGGAAGCAAAUGCCAUGUGUCUGGCUACCUGUACCAGAGAUGGAAAACCCUCUGCUCGCAUGUUGCUACUGAAGGGCUUUGGGAAAGAUGGCUUCCGCUUCUUCACUAACUUCGAGAGUCGAAAAGGAAAAGAGCUGGACUCGAAUCCCUUUGCUUCCCUUGUCUUCUACUGGGAACCACUUAACCGUCAGGUGCGUGUGGAAGGCCCUGUGAAGAAGCUGCCGGAGGAGGAGGCUGAGUGCUACUUCCACUCCCGCCCCAAGAGCAGCCAGAUUGGGGCUGUGGUCAGCCACCAGAGUUCUGUGAUCCCUGAUCGGGAGUAUCUGAGAAAGAAAAAUGAGGAACUGGAACAGCUCUACGAGGAUCAAGAGGUGCCCAAGCCAAAAUCCUGGGGUGGCUAUGUCCUGUACCCUCAGGUGAUGGAGUUCUGGCAAGGUCAAACCAACCGCCUGCAUGACCGGAUAGUCUUUCGGCGGGGCCUGCCCACAGGAGAUUCCCCUUUGGGGCCCAUGACCCACCGCGGGGAGGAAGACUGGCUCUAUGAGAGACUUGCACCUUAACUCUGGGACCUGCCAGGCCAGAGUGCAGCUAGGGCUGGGUGUCAAGAGAGGGUGUGGGAUUGGGACUCAGGCCCUUCUUUGUAAGCUCAACCCAUUUCCCUCCCUACCCUUUAUAUUCAGGACUCUUCAGAGCUCAUGCUCUAAGUUCUUUGUACUCAGUUGGUUUUCAGUUAGCUGGUCAAGUGUAGUGUAAUGGUGGUGUAGAGAAUCACAAAUGGAAAAUCAUUCCAUAAUUAUUUUUUUGACCCUGCCUAUGAUUGAUUAGGAUAGCUCCCUCUAGGGGUAGCAACCGGUGUGACUCCGUUUCUGGUGACAGGGAGGGCCCCAGCAGCCCUGUCUGUUACCAUGUGAGUCAUACUGGCCAAAGCUUAGUGCCAGCGUAUUCACCUGAGCCAACGUGGCCAAUCAGAUUGUUUUGUCAGUAAUUUGAAAUUUGAACUGGAGGGAUCCAGAACCUUGGGAGUCAUUGAAGCCAAGUCAUUCAUGGCAGCCAGGAAACAACAGGAACCAACAGCCUCUGCCUGCUGCUAUUGCAACGCCCAGGAUCCCUCCCUCCCAGGUCUGGGCCGUGCAGUUCCUCCCCCUGCCUUGAAACACCCCACUAUCU